AUGGCCGCCUUGAAGGAGAAGAGGACUUGUGGGAGACGAUGUGAAGACUUCGGUCGUUUUGUCUGGGACUCCGAUGAGGGGAAGUUAAUGGGGAGAACACCAGAGAAAUGGGUGUACAUCAGUCUGUAUUAUGCUGCCUUCUACGUGGUGAUGACGGGCCUCUUUUGUCUGGCCAUCUGGACGCUCAUGUACACCUUGGAUCCGUACGCCCCGGACUACCAAGACCGACUAAAAUCUCCGGGGGUGAUGGUGUGGCCGGACACUUACGGGGAGGAAGUUAUUGAGAUCACCUAUAACACAUCAAACAAGGACAGCUGGAUGAAGAUGACCAACAUCCUUAAUGAGUUCCUGAAGCCCUACAAUGACACCACACAGCUUGAAUGUAACACCUAUAACUGCACCAAGGGAAAGUACUUCAUCCAGAAGACCUUUACUGCCCCUCACCACACCAAGUGGGCAUGCCCCUUCACGCAAAGCAUGCUGGGAGCCUGCUCAGGAUUUGAGGACCCAACCUUUGGCUACAACUGCUCAAUGCCUUGUGUCAUCAUUAAGAUGAACAGGAUCAUCAACUUUUUGCCUACUAAUCAAACUGAGCUUCCUCCAUAUGUCAACUGCACUAUACUGGAAGGAGAAGAAAAUGUGGCCAAAAUCGAGUAUUUCCCAGACAACGGAGUUAUGGAUCGCUCUUACUUCCCUUACUAUGGAAGGCUGGCACAGCCUUCUUACGUAAACCCGUUGGUGGCUGUUCGAUUCAACCUGGUCGGAGAGAAGCACGCCAAGAUCCAGUGCAGAGUGGUCUCCCACAAGAUCAGCUAUGAAAACUUCCACGACCCCUAUGAAGGAAAAGUCAUCUUCUACCUCAAAGCAUUGAAAUGA